UUGGCUACCCAUUUGCUUGAGGGGUUCAAGACACUGUUCCCCAGGAGGAGGAUUUGGCCUUGAGGUGCAGAUCCUCUCUGUCGAACCAAAUGAUGAUCUGAAAGGACCGUCUGUACUGAGGACAUCAGGCGUUUCAAUGGACAUCAACCUCCUGGGAGUUGCCAGGAACAAUGAUGGCAUGGCGACAGUGGUGUUUAUGGCGUAUAGUCACAUGAUGAACGUCCUGGAUGCCAGCUUCUUCCGCACGAGGAGGAACACCACUAAGACCAUGAUGUCCAGAGUGGUGUCCGCCACACUGCUUGGUACAGUGAACACCACACUGCCCAGUCCUGUUCAGUUCACGUUUGAACACAUCACCGCCUCAGAACACAGAGGGAAGCCCUCCUGCGUGUACUGGAACGUCAGUGCCUGGAUUGAGGACGGCUGCCACGUCAGUGAGAUCAACCCCACACACACAGUCUGCUCCUGUGACCACCUCUCCACCUUCGCCCUGAUCAUGCAGACAGUCGAUACAUUCCUGAGUGAUCCAAUCUUGGACAUUCUGAACACCAUCUUGGUGCUGAUCGGCCUGGUGUUCCUCACCCUGGCCGUAAUGACUUUUGCCCUCUGUCGCUGGAACCCCAGGGUGUCCAACGUGUCUCGUCUCAACCUCUGUGUGUGUCUGCUGCUGGCUCAUCCCCUCUUCCUGCUCACCCAGAGCUUCCUCCACCUCAUCUGGCCACAUGAGGUGUUGUGUAAGCUGUUGGCUGGAGUCCUGCAUUUCCUCUUUCUGUGCUGUUUUGUGUGGAUGUCCAUAGAGGCUGUGCUGCUCUUCCUGUCUGUACGGAAGCUCAAGCAGGUCAAACCUAGUGAGGGGGUGGGGCCACACUGCGCAGCUCUCUACCUGAUUGGCUAUGGGGUUCCCCUCUUCAUUGUGGCUGUGUCUGCAGGUGUAAUGCCAGAGGGAUAUGGAAGCCUGCAGUGUUGGCUGAGCACUAAGGCAGGCUUCAUCUGGAGUUUCCUUGGCCCUGUGGCCUUCAUUCUCACAGGAAAUAUAGUGCUCUUCUUCAUCAUCCUCCUCACCCUCUUCUUCACUCUCAGGGGGGCGCAGAGUGCAGGGUCAAAGGUCAAAUACACCAGGAUCCUGGCAAUUAAGCUCCUGUUCCAGUUUUUCUUCCUUGGCUGCCCAUGGGUGCUGGGGUUCUUCGUAAGGUCGGGCCCAGCAGUGGAGGUUCUCUUUGUGAUGUUGAACUCCCAGCAGGGAACCUUCAUCUUUCUGGUCCACUGUGCCCUCAACAACGAGGUCCGGCUCCAGUACCGGAGCUGGUUGCAGGGCUUCCUCCGCCACAGGGAGUCGUCCGCCUUCACCUCCUCCACCACUGUGUCUCCGACCUCCAAAGACGGACAAGCUUCCGGCGUCCAAGACACUCCCAUAUAGAAGCUUCCGGCGUCCAAGACACUCCCAUAUAGACUGUCCUUGUUGCCCCUCUCUCUCUCUCUCUCUCUCUCUCUGUCUUUUGUGUCCCCCUGCUCUUUCUCUCCUCUCUAUCGGGCACAUUUGCUGUGAAAUUAUGGGAUAUUACAUAUGUUUUCUGAACCUAUACUUUCAUUCAUUUAGAGGUUCAUUCACAUGGAAAAUAAAGCAUGCUCAUUAUGUUGAUAGAUGGAUGAAUGAAUUGGUCUGAUUUUGACAGUCUGUCUGUAGAAUUGUCCUAAAAUUAUCUGAGUGUCUGAAUGUCAAAAAUCCUAAU